GCGGUAUAUGCACUUAAAAUUCGGAUGCGAUCCGCCAACCAAAUCCCCCAAAAGAAGACGGGUCCACGCUAACGACGUCAUCACGCACAUUUCCGAGUUGUCCUUGAACGAAACAUUGCUGGCAAAAUGGUUGCAUACUGGAGACAAGCUGGCCUUAGCUACAUUCGCUUCUCUGCGAUCUGCGCAAGUGCAGUGCGUGCGGCACUGAAACCCCAGUUCAAAGUCGAGGCACUGAAGGUUGCCGAGUCCAGCGUCAAAGUCUACGUACCAAAGGCUGUAGCAUGAUCUGAGUACGUCAUCAUGUAAUGGAUGUUCUUCGGGACCAAGAGGAUUUGUCAUUGUCCCGGCCAACAUAUCUUUGUGAUGGAUGACAACGCAAGGGUUACAUCUAGAUUUGUCGAGAGAUGGAAAACUUAACAUAAUAGAUUUUUCCCCUUUAUAAUUUGUAAUUAAGAAAAUGAAAUAAAACUCCCAUCUAAAAAUAAUUGUCUGCUAGAUUAACUCAUGCUUUAUCUGGCAAUAUUAACUGUGAACACGUAAAAGUAGGCUAAAAGCUCUGAACUUGGCCUUGUAGUUCAAAUAUUUUAUUCAUUGAAUUAAAUACUGUACAUGAACUACAGUGUGAAAUGAGAAUGAAUACUUUUAGAUGAGCUUUUCAGUGGAAUGAAACGGGGUCGUGUUCAGAAUGUUGAGAGAGAGAAGCAGGUCUGUUCUACAUAAUGUAUUUCUAUCAGCUUUAUACAAAACAUCUAUGAUGUUGCAACUAAACUUAAAUUAAAUUGUUUAACAUUUGGAACA